CAAAGCUGGAGCUGGAAUGUUCACUGUAACAAAGUCCGCGCUUUGUACAACCGUUUUCCCUGUUUCAGCGGCGUGUACUGACCAUUCAGUGCAAUGUAGCACCAGCGCCAAUCACAGCCCCUUCCGCUCAUUACCCCUAAAACAAUGCCGAGAUUUCCGGCUCCAACCCCUGUAGAUCCGCAUCAAUUGGCCGCAAGCAGUUCGUUUCACAUUUCAUCUGUUUCACCAUUUGUUUGCCUGCGCCUCGACGUGGAAUGUCAUUGGACGACGCGGCUGGGGAUUCACGAAGUGCACCUGAGAAGGAAAAAUGUAUUUAGAGGCGACUUGUUCCCUGAAUCUGUGUUUGUUCUUGGCAUCCUUAUUCACUCCCAUUGAUUGUGAGGCUAUUCACUCCUUUUCUUUUUUCUGUUCGUGAUACAUUUUGUUUCACAGACUUUCUUUUGGCGGUUAACAAAGUCCCUGGUGGAUUUUUACUUAGACACACUCUUUUUCAGGUCAUUUGCCUCAGCGUCAAUCAACUCUUGAUACUGCAACAUUCAUCACUAUGAAGUUCAUUACCCUCUCUCUCAUCGCCUCUUUGGCCUCUCUCUCAGCUGCUUCUCUCUCUGCAGUCCCCAUCAUCGAAGCCAUAGCCCCCAAAUCAAAGAGCUGUCCCACCGGCAACAAAGAAUGCCGCACAGCCACCCAAGCAGCCCCCUACAUCAUCUCCAGCUUCCAGACCCAGGGGAUCUACUCCCCCGCUGAAAUCGCCGCUGUUCUCGCUCUCAUGGCCUUUGAGUCUGGAGACUUUGAGUACAAGCGGAACCACUACCCUGGACGUCCAGGCCAAGGCACUGCGAAUAUGCAGAUGCCGAACUACAACCUUCUCUAUGCCAAGAGUAUCCCUGCGCUGGCCAAGGGAUGGCAGGGCAUUGAGAGCACAGAGGGUCUGUCGGAUCAGGAGCUGGGGGAUUUGUUGGAUGAGGUUACGGUUGAUAAGUAUAACUUUGGAAGUGGACCGUGGUUCUUGAGGACGCAGUGCAAGGAGGAUGUUCGACAGGCGUUCAAGACGGAUGUUGAUACAGGAUUUCAGAAGUACAUUGAGGAGUGUGUCGGGACGGAUCUUCAGCCACGGUUGGAGUACUUUCAGCGUGCUAAGACGGCGUUUGGUCUGUAGUUGGUUCAUGCGGUCUGUUUUUCAUUCUAUUCUGGGGUUCGUGGUAUGAUGGCUGCCAUGAAGGUAUUACUAUUCGACUCGUUUUUAGGAAGGUUGCAUGACCUACAACAAGGUUGAAAGCAAAAGGGAGAAAACAAGAAAACAACGUUUAUUCUGCAUCAGCCAUCAUCAAGUCGAGUUCACUAUGUAAAGUGAGGUUUAUAUCUCAUACCGAUCCAACUUGUCAUGCACAGGCCUAUACACAAAAUAAUCAAACUGCGCCUCCUUCGCAAGCCCAUUAACAUCCGAACACGCCAUCCCCACAAACGCACCCGUAAAGCUUCCAUCCUUAGGAUGUCCUCCACACUCAUCCGACAAGAUCGAAGCAUCAUACACCGGCCCAAUCUCCUUCAAAUCCUGC